CUUGUGCAAAACAUCAAACUCAAAGCUGCCAUGAGCUCUGUAAAUGCAAGUUAUUCACAGAAUAUCUCCAUUGUUCAUCCUCAAUACUUUUUUAUCAUUGGACUAUCAGGUAUACCAUAUAGCACUUAUUUCUAUAUAUUUUUAUUUAUGAUUUAUUUUAUUACUAUAAUUGGGAAUGCUAUAGUCCUUCUCAUUAUAGCUCUUGACCGGAGCCUGCAUAGUCCAAAGUACAUUGGUGUGUUUAACUUGGCCUUGGCUGAUAUUGGUGAAACUAAUGCACUAAUUCCCAACAUGAUGAAGACUUUUCUGUUUGACUCACAGUACAUCUCCUACAAUGCUUGUUUAGCAAACAUGUUUUUUGUCUUCUUCUUCAGUAGUUUGCAAAGUGUCACUCUUGUUGUUCUGGCAUAUGAUCGGUUCAUUGCAAUUUGUUUGCCAUUAAGAUAUCAUGCAAUUGUGGACAAUACCAGUAUGGUUUUGGUUUUUCCAGCAAUAUGGGCAUUUAAUUAUUCUAUGGUGGCCUUGAUGGUGAUCACCCGACUUUCAAUUUGCGAAUCCAAUGUAAUACAGAGUUAUUUUUGUGAUCAUGGGCCAGUGUAUAGGUUGGCAUGUAAUGACUAUAACAUUAAUAAGUCUGUGGGAUUUGUUAUCACAUCUUCAUACCUUAUAGCACCAAUGAUCAUUAUAUUCCUGUCAUAUCUGGGCAUUUUUCUUUCUUUAAGCAAAAUUACAACUUGGGAAAGACGUUAAAGAGCACUGAAGACCUGUGUUUCUCACCUGCUGUUAGUAGGGAUUUAUUUCCUUCCAAUAUGCUUCACAUACCUUGCACAACUCUUGCUUGCUCUCACUCCCAAUGCCAGAGUCAUCAGCACAUCUCUGGCAUAUGUUGUUCCACCAAUGCUAAAUCCCAUCAUUUAUGUUUUAAACACAGCUGAAAUCAAAAACUUAUUGCGAAAAAUUCUUACCAACAGACCUGCACCAAUUAGAGAGAAGAUUUUGAAAUGA